AUGCCUGCACCCAAACCCAGAUUGACAGACGACCAAAUCAAGGUCGCCUACGCUAUUAUCGACACCUUCAUCCCUGAACUCACCGGUCAGGAACUCGAGGACUUUGUUCGCCAACACUCCAAUGGCACCAACGACGACAUCCUCCGUGCCUUUGGAAAGUCUGGCAUCAUAAACGAGGACCUCGGACGCCUCGUCAUCGACAAGUUGCACUCUCUUCCCGCGGAAAAGAUUGACGAACUCGGCACAGUCUUCAAAGUCCUUAACACCAAGGUGGGAACAUUGGCUCUUGGAGGAACCUACGGCGAGUUUGCCUCGCUCUCUCGCGAGCAGCGCACCCAGAUCGUUAUUGGAUGGUCCAACAGCAUGAUUAGCAAGCUCCGUAUCUUUUCCCGUGCCAUGUUGACCUUGGCCGCUAUCAGCUACUUUUCUCACCCUGUUGAGUCUGCCCAACGCGCCAUGGAGUACCCUGGAGCUGACCCCGAGAUGCACUCUGACCGCUUCACUGCAAAGUCUUUCCCCGUAUACGACUUUAUUCAGGUCCCUCCUCAGGGCCUUGAGCAGUCGUAUGAUGUGGUGAUUGUUGGAUCGGGUGCUGGAGGCGGAGUGAUGGCAGCCGAGCUUUCCAAGGCUGGGAAGCGUGUUCUUGUGAUUGAGAAGGGCCACCAUUACCAGCAGAGCGAGUUGACUCUAGUCCAGUCUGAUGGCUUCACCAACCUCUAUGAGAACGGCGGAUCAUUAACCAACACGGACGGAACUGUGACUAUUCUUGCUGGUGGCACCUGGGGCGGUGGAACCACCGUCAACUGGUGCGCGUCCCUCCAGCUCCCCCACUAUGUUCGUGAGGAGUGGGCCAAGCAGGGACUUCCUUACUUCAACACCCCCGCCUACCAAGAGUCUAUUGACGCCAUUACCACCCGCCUCAACAUCUCGGACAAGUACAUCAAGCAUAAUAACGCCAACUUGCUCUUGUUGGAGGGCUGCCGCAAGCUCGGAUACCCCACCAAGAACAUCCCCCAGAAUACGGGCGGUCAGGAGCACUCUUGCGGCUGGUGCGGAUUCGGCUGCCGAUUCGGAGAAAAGCAAGGAACAAUGAUGACCUUCUUGGCAGACGCAAAGGACCAUGGAGCCAAGUUCAUGCAGGAUUCCUUUGUCGAUCGCGUCUUGAUCGAGAAGGGCAAGGCUGUCGGAGUUAUUGGUACUCAGAAUGGACGCAAGUUCACCAUCCGGGCUUCCAAGGUUGUUGUCUCUUCGGGGUCGAUCCACACGCCUUCGCUCUUGAGACGCAGUGGACUGAAGAACAAGAACAUUGGAAAGAACUUGCACCUUCACCCUGUCUCGUAUGUCUUUGGCGAGUUUGACCAGCGCAUCGACUGUUAUCAGGGCUCUAUCAUGACCGCUGUGACGACGGUUGCAGAAAACACUGAUGGACACGGCUACGGAUCUAAGAUCGAGGUCCCUUCGCACCACCCGGGAAUCAACUCCAUCUUUCCCAAGUGGGAGAACGCGGCCGGGUAUAAGGGAGCCAUGUUGAGCCUCAACCACAUCGUCCCCCUCAUUGUUCUCAGUCGCGACCGUGAUGGCGGAUCGAUCGUGAACGGAGCCGAUGGCCUGCCUCGUAUCAACUACACGGUCUCUAAACACGAUACCCUGUCACUGGAAGAGGGCAUUGAGCGGUCCUUGAGCAUCUUGGUCGCUGCUGGUGCCAAGAAGGUCUGGACCUGCCAACGUUUCAUUCCUGAAUUCGCGGUCAAAUCGGAUCUCGGAGUUGAAGAUCCCGAGUUUAAGAAGUACCUCAAGGCCGUAGUACGCGAAUCCAUCAAGCCCGGCUCGGCUACCAUCGGAAGUGCCCACCAAAUGGGAUCCUGCCGCAUGGGUAACAACCCCAAGACGUCUGCUGUCAAGCCUACGGGAGAGACCUGGGAGGUCAAGGGUCUGUACGUUGCCGAUGCCUCAGUCUUCCCUACUGCCAGCGGUGUCAACCCCAUGUUAACCACCUACUCUAUUGCCCACUCCAUUGCCCAAUUCAUCAAGAAGGCCGAUAACUCCUCCAAGCUUUAA